GACGAUCUCUGAUACCGGUAACUCUCUUCGCCGCCAAACCCUUGCUCUCCUAUUUUCCUCCGAUCCCUUUCCGAUUCAAUUCGCUUCCAACCAACCUCUCCCCGUCAUGAAUCCCGAAUAUGACUAUUUGUUCAAGCUUUUGUUGAUUGGAGAUUCUGGUGUGGGCAAGUCAUGUCUCCUCCUGAGGUUUGCUGAUGAUUCAUACCUUGACAGCUAUAUCAGUACAAUUGGAGUGGACUUUAAAAUUCGCACUGUUGAGCAAGACGGGAAGACCAUUAAACUUCAAAUUUGGGACACUGCUGGUCAAGAACGUUUCCGGACUAUCACUAGCAGCUACUAUCGUGGGGCUCAUGGCAUAAUUGUUGUUUAUGAUGUCACUGACCAAGAGAGCUUUAACAAUGUUAAGCAGUGGCUGAAUGAAAUUGACCGUUAUGCAAGUGAAAAUGUAAACAAGCUUCUAGUUGGAAACAAGUGUGAUCUCGCGGCAAAUAAAGUUGUGUCCUCUGAAACAGCAAAGGCAUUUGCAGAUGAAAUUGGAAUUCCUUUCAUGGAAACUAGUGCUAAAAAUGCCACCAACGUGGAACAGGCUUUCAUGGCCAUGGCUGCUGAAAUUAAAAACAGAAUGGCAAGUCAACCAGCGAACAAUGCCAGGCCUCCAACAGUCCAAAUUCGAGGACAGCCAAUGAACCAAAAGUCUGGUUGCUGCUCGACUUAGAGACUAAGUAUUCAUGGUCUUAGACGUUCAUAUGUGUCUCUGUGGCAUCUAAACUAGUUUUCACAUAAUGCUUUCAUAUGAAGAUUGUUCGUCAUGAUUUACUCUUUAUCGUUCAGCUCCUUGUUAAAACUUCAAUUCUUUUCAAUGUAUUUGAUUAAAAACAAUAUGUACAAAAUUAGGAAUAUUGUUGAAAAGCAGUAUUUGCCUUUGUUCUUUGUCUCCAAGCACAUUUUACCUUACGCAAUAGCCUAUUCCCGGAAUCGAUCAUUUUCUCUGUAGGAGUUAAAUGUAGUUCAAUUGCGUCCACUCUUGUAAGUCUAUGAAAUAAAAUAUAUAGAAAACUGAAUUUUUAUUUCUGAG